CUCCGCCACAAUGGCUUCCUCCUCCUCCCCUCAGUUCGAGUUCGUGACGCUCGUGUCAGGCGAUGGCUUUGAGUUUGUGAUUCCCAGAAGCACGGCCUGCAUUUCGGGGACGAUACGUCGCAUGUUAGAGCCGUCGAGUAAAUUCUCCGAAGCCUUGACGGGUCGUUGCACCCUCGAGAACAUCAGCGGUAUUGUGCUGGAGAAAGUCUGCGAGUAUUUCUGCUACAACGAGAAGAACAAGAACCAGGGCAAUGUGCCGGAUAUGGAUAUUCCACCGGAGCUGUGUCUGGAGUUGUUGAUGGCGGCGGAUUAUCUGGAUACGUGAUGUGGGUGUAGAUAUUUGCAGGACUCGAUUCGAUUUCCUGAUGUUUACGGGAUAUGAUUUUACUGAAAACGAUAUGUUAUGGUUUGGGUUACGAAAAGGGAUGGUUGUCUUAGAUCUGUAUAGCGCUUAGAACUACAGAUGGCGUUGAUUUCUCGGUUUCAUCUCUCGAAGUCCUCUAUCCUGUACAUCGGAGUUCAGGUGUAUUGCGUGCUGGCUACUAGCGAGCGAGCACUCGAGCCGUGACUACCAAGCAC